GUGCCUGCGUGUGCGUGUUUGUGUGAGAGAUACAUCUACAAAAAUGCAUACACACGUCUGUAUAUAUUAUUAAAUAUAUAAUUAUAUUUAAGUUAUUUGAAUUUAUAUUAAGUUUCUUUUCCUCCACCUCACUUCUUCCCUUUCACCUUCUCUCUGCAACUUCGUCUCUCUCUCUCUCUCUCUCUCUACAAUCAUCAAUUCUGUUCUCUCAACCUUCAUUCACGUUUACCCACAACAAAAACUUCAUCCACACAGCUUAUACACACACACACACGCACUCUCGUUUCAUGCACUCAAUUUGAUUUCAUAUGGUUGGAAUUUAUCAAACGAUGUGACGUCGCCGCCGAUCUCGAAACAGAUUGGUCUACGCCGUGUUCCGAUUUGCAUCCGCUGAUAAGAAUUGAAUAGCUUUUCGUUGAAAUCGGCGCUCAGAGGCGAUUGUUGCUUGCUGCUAUGGCUUCUACUGUUCCUGCGAAAUCUCAGCCGCUGCACAAUUUUACGCUGCCGCAUCUAAAAUGGAAUAAGGACCGAAACUCCAACGGCCACCACCAGCGCCGCCGCUCCAUCAAAUCGCCGUCGCGGCGGCCGAAUAUCUCUGCCGCGUCUCCUCUCCGCCAGUCACCGAUGCGAGAUUCCGUGUCGGCGACUCCACCUCGGCACCAGUCCCCGUUCCGCGACUCCACCGCGGCGGCGGCGGCGUCACCUCGUCGAUCUCCGGUCCACGGGGAUUACUUGGGGAAACGGUCUCCUACUCCUGGAGAACCAUUUAAGCCAUAUCCGCCUCGCGAGUGGGGGAAACACUCGCCUACCGGCGGUGAUCCGGCGUGGCAUUUGCCGAAGCAUGAAUCGCCUCCGCAAUCCGAAGCUUCCGGCAAGGGCAAAGGUGGAUUUGUUGAGCAUCGGAGACAUCACUCAAAUAAUUCGGCGUUGGAUGGCCCGAGGAACGGGCUCCAUUCAACAAAUUCAGAGCGAACUACUCAGAAAUCGGAGCCUAAAUCGAAGGCCAAAGAAGUCGAUGCUGCUGGAAUCAAGAGAUCGAAAAUCUUAAUCAAAAUUCCUUGCAAGAGCAGCAAAACGGAGGACGAAAAUCCGCAAGAAGAGCCGCUGAAGACGGAGAAAAACGACGAAGACGAUUGCAGCGGUGAAGUGCAAGAAGAGGAGAAGAUCAAUAACAAUAAUAUUGAUGAAGAAACGAAGACAUGGAAUUUAAGGCCUCGGAAGCCUCUACACAAGUCGCUGAACGUGAGCGGAGGUCCCGUGAAGAGCAUCGGUCCGUCGAUACCGGAAAGGAGUAAAGCGCAGUCGCCGUUGAGGAGUCUAAACAACAGAUCGGGGGAAAACGACGGCGGUAACGGUGGGAAGAAGGAGAAGAGGAAGCUGAGCAUCUCUAUCCCUCUAACGAAAGAGGAGAUUGAGGAGGAUAUUUUUGCGCUGACCGGAUCAAAGCCGGCAAGGAGGCCCAAGAAGAGAGCGAAAAACAUACAGAAACAAGUAGAUACUUGUUUUCCUGGAUUAUGGCUGGUAUCGAUUACCGCAGAUUCAUACAAGGUGUCUGAGAAUUCUCUGAAGGUACAGCCCUGAUCAUCCCAUCCCAGCCUUGGUUGCGCAUCUAUGCCGUUGAUUGUUGGUUUCUGAGUUCCGAAUUUCUGAUAUGGAUGGCGGUGGUCUUCUGCACAGGGCUAGAUGCAGUUUCUGGAAAUUCUAAGCUGCUUCGCUUCCAACUUUUUUUUCUGGGGGGAUGGCAUUUGAAGGUAUAGUCUGCAGUUACUUGUAUUUGAGAGGAAGAACUAGUGUUGAUUUAGGGUUUAGCUUACCAGUUUCUCUGUUCUUUUCUUGUUUCCUUUGUUUCCCCCUCUUCAAGCUGUUGAUCUCCAAGAAUUGAGAGAUGGAUGAUAGUACUUCUAUUUAGCAUUAGUUGCAGAUGUAAAUAUGGAUUUCUAGAUCUUUUAGAUUUCCUUUUUCAUUUCUCAUGACUCAAUUGGUUUUGAUUCAUUUUUCUUUUAAAUGAAUAAUCACUGAGUUGGGUUUUCUUUAUUUGUACAUUAUAACAGUUGAAAUUCAUGUCUUUUGUUCUGUUGCA